GUUUAAACAACUUAUAAUAGACUCUUUUUUUGUGAAGUACAAAAGAGUGGGCAAUUUGGUACAUUUUCUAAUUUUUCUAAACAUGACUACUUUGAGAGAUAAGAGAAUAAGGAAGUUGUAUGCACAUUCUGAGCCUACAUUUGAUCAUCCAUUAAAAAGUAUGCUGGUGGUAGGAAGAAUUCCAAGAAGAGUUCUUGGCUCAGGUCCUAGUACUGGAAGAGCAACACCUGUUUCUACAUCAGCAACUAUAUCAGAACCUCUUGCACAAGCUUUAAAAAAAUUGGAUCCUUUAUCACAAAUUGCUAUUCCUGAAGAAAUGGAUCCAUUAUCUAAAAUGGCUGCAGAGAUGGAUACAGUAGACAGUGCUAUAAAAUAUAAAGAACAAAGCACCAAAUCAAACCCAAAAUCAGAAAGGCAAGAUAGCUGGUCACAUAGAAAAGCGGCUAUUUUACAAAAAUACACUACCUCAGAAAAGCUAAGUAUGGUGACUAGUUUUUUGCAAGAAGGCGAAAAAGUUGCCGUAAAGGCUCAAAGCACAGCAGUGGAUAAAGUACAACACAGGUUGGAACAGCUUGACAGUUUUGAGGAGGGGCCACAGAGAAAGCUGGAUCUGUCACAGACAGAAUAUAUUUUUAAAAUAGAUCAACUACAUAAAGAACUGAUUCUGGCCUGGAACAUAGAGCAGAGAAUUAAAGCCUUAAAAAUAGCGAUACAAUGUGCCAAAAUGUUAGCUGACACUGACGUUUUACCUUUUUAUCCUAGCAAGUUUGUUUUGAUCACAGACAUUUUAGAUUGUUUUGGAAAAUUGGUGUAUGACAGGUUACAUUCCAAGGCUAUGUAUUAUAAACCUGGUUCUCAAAACCCUAUACCUUUACCAGAAAACUUUACACCCAACAUGGUAUCUGAUCAAGCCAAAGAAACAUGCCUAAACUGGUUCUUUAAAAUAGCUUCAAUCAGAGAACUUGUGCCUCGUCUUUAUAUUGAAAUGGCUUUGUUGAACUCUUACAGUUUUAUAUCUGCUAAGUAAGCUUAUGAGAAAUAGAAAUGAAUUUUGUAUUUCGUCCAAUUAUUUUAUUUAAAUAGACUUAAGAGUAAGGGUAUCCCUAACUCUUCCUUUACUGCCAUCUAACUCCCCUUACUCUUUAC